AACAAUGAGCUCAACACAGAAGGACCAACAUGGAGCGAGAAGUCAGCGCUCUCAGGAGGCCGACAAACCUCACAGAAGAAAGAGAGAGAAAACAUACACCUGUGACGAGUGUGGGAAGGAUUUUACUGGGAACGCUUCACUAAAACGUCAUCAGGUCAUCCACACUGGAGAGAGACCGUUCAGCUGUGACUUAUGUGGAAAGUCUUUUUCCUUGAAGGGUAAUCUAAAACAACACAAACUCAUCCACAGUGGAGUUAAAGCAUACAGCUGUGAUCAGUGUGGCAGAGCUUUUACUCACAGUAACAGCUUACAGAGUCAUCUAGUUACCCACUCUGGAAUUAAGGCAUACAGCUGUGACGAGUGUGGAAAAACUUUCAGCUGGAGGGGAAACAGAAAUAGACACCUACACAUUCACACCAGACAUGAUGUGUACUGCUGUGAACAGUGUGGCAAACAGUUUAUAACUCACACACAGUUGCAACAACACAUGUUUACCCACACUGAGGGACGACCUUAUAAAUGUGACCUGUGUGAGAAGACUUUUAAAGCUCCACAGUACCUGACACGACACCAACAGAUCCACACCAGAAAGAGACUCUACAAGUGCAGUUACUGUGAGCAGAGCGACACAGAUGGAUCCAGUUCUCAACCCUGUCAUCACCGUGGUGGUGGGAAAGACUUUCAUUGUGACCUCUGUGGAAAAACUUUCAGUCGGCAAGCUGACUUAAAAAUACAUCAACGUAGACACACUGGAGACAAACUGAAAUACUGCAAAGAAUGUGGGAGAAGCUUCACCACAUCAAGUACAUUAAAACGACAUGAACUGAUUCACAGUGGGGUUAAAAAGCACCACUGUGAUCAGUGUGGGUCAUCCUUCACCACUGCAGGUCAGCUUAAAAAACACAAACGAGUCCACACAGGAGAGAAACCAUACAAGUGCAGACACUGUGACAAAAGUUUCUCACGAUCACAUCAUCGUAACAAGCAUGAACGUACACACAUAGAAGGAAACUACAGCUGUGACCAGUGUGACAAGAGCUUCAGGAAUCUCAGAUCAUACUCUGAACACAAACGAUCCCACGUUACUAAUAAACUGUUUCACUGUUACCAAUCGUUUGGUCUACUGGUCUGA